CGAAGCUCGAGUGAGUUCUUCGAAUUGGAGAACUACUGGAUUCAAGAAUAAGUCAGAUAAUAUGGAAGCAAUCAAGGCGGCUGGGACGUAUUUCGUCUCCUACAUCCAGAAAACGUGGCUGGUAAACUACGCAUAUAAACUGCACCAAACUACUCACUACGCCUCCCCGGGCUUCUUGCUAACCAUCGCUUGUCCGAUCCUCUUCGCUCUGCAAGGCGCCGUGGUGAAUAAGUCUGGCGUCACUGUGGACUCGGGAGUGGCCCAUGCUGUGCUCUGGACUGUGCUCGUUGGCAUACGAUUCAACAUCAUCAAGCAAUGGUCUCUCGGUGAGGACCGUCCGUUUUGGUGGGUGUCGGAAUCGCCUCACUUCACGUGGCAACGUAUCCCCGACUUACGCCAGUUUCCCGUCACUUGUUUGACCAGCCCCGCGGCUCCGCUCUUCAGCCUCUUGGCCGCGGGGGCUGGAAUCGUGAUCGUGAAUGCCGCUGUGAAGCUCAUAAAAUCCAUAGAGUUCAAGAACGCAAGACAACGACGCUGGAUUGUCAUUGGCACGUGGCUGAGUUUCGGAGUGUUUGUCGGUUCGGUGGCUGAGGCAGAAAUGUUGUUCUUGACGAAUUUUCCCCAUCAAGUUGCUAUCUCGCUUGCUAUUGGUUUGUCUAUUGGGUACGUUGCCACCCGCAGAAGUUUCUCACGCGUUGCAAGCAUCAAGAAAAUCUUACUUGUAAACUUAGUCAUCAUGGCCCUCUGCUACUUGGCCAUGUGGAGAGGUGAAGCCAUUGCUACAUUCAACGAUUACCAGAAACUGGUAUUCAAAUGGUGCCAAAGAAGAGAAUGGAUGCAGAUUGACCCAAGUCCGCUCCUCGACUCAUUCCUUUACACGGGAUGA